AUGAAUGGUCCUGGCCCAGACCUGCUGUGCUUGCUGAAGGGGGCCGGAGGCUCAGCUGGGUCAUUCGGCAGGGUCCCCUCCACUCCCAGCUCUUACGUUCCCUUUGCAACUCAGAAGCGGAUGCUGAGCCAGCCGGUGCCCUUCGUGAGAAGCAGGCCUCACUCUCCUCGCUGUUUCUUCCUCCAGCUGCCUGAGGUGAAGGAGGACGCAGAGGAUGAAGCCGUGCCAGCCGCCCCCCAGCCCCUGGCCCUCCUCACCCCGCUGCCCUGCGCCCCGGAGGCUGAGCCUCCCCCGACGACUCCCCCGGCCCCCGCCCUCACCCUGGAGGGUCUGCAGGGGCAGCUGGAGGCCCUGAAGGAACUGCAGGGCCAGUACAUUCAGGGGCAACUGAAGGUCCGCCGCACCUGCCAGCACUUCCCGCGCUCCCUGCGGGCCCUGAGCCUGCAGAUCUGCCGCACCCGGAGGAGGCUCAUCCGCACCGAAGUCCGGCUCCAGCGCCGAGAGAAAGAAGGUGCUUGGAGCCGCUCCCUGCCCUUGGCUCUGGCCUCUGCCUCUCUGCCCCCCCCCCCCCAUUCCCGGGCAUCCCAAUGA